AUGAAUGACAACCUAUUUCUCAGUUUGGACAGACUCUUGUUAGAAUUUGUUUUCCAGUAUGAGCAAGACAUAAGUACUAAAGAAGACAUACUUCAAAGAAUUAAUAAAUGCUUUGAAGAUAUAAAAGAAAACAAAUCAACUAUUUGUAAGAUACAUGAAACUAUAAAUACAACAGAUGAGGAAAUUGCUCAUUACUGUAAACAUAGUAAUGAGAUCAAAGACAACUGUAGUAACUGGAAGCCAACAUGUGAUGUUUUUCAUAAACAUGAAGAUUAUAUGCAGGACCAAUUUACUGUUUAUCAAGAAACCAUUGAAAAAGACAAAAAAAUGUAUCAUGAUUAUGUAUGUCAGUAUAAAGAUGUUUUGAAGCAAUACCAACUAAAAUACUCAGAAACACCUUUUUCACAUGAAUAUUAUGAGAAGAAAAGAGAACAUGAAGAAAUUCAAAACAGGGUGUUGGCAUGUUCUGAGCAACUAAAAAUGAAUGAAACUAUUCUUAUGGAAUUUCUAGUGCCUGCUCCCUUUCCAUCACUUACUAAAUGGACAUUACACAUAGUUAACCUGAGAUGUAAAACACAAGAUAUCCUUAAACAUGUCAACAAGGUUACCAAAAGUUCAUCUGAAUUGAAGAAAGAAGUAGAUGAAGCAGAAAUAGAAAUUAAUUCUUUAAACAAGCUGAUUGCGAGACUUUAUGAAACCAAGAAUCAUUCAGAAACUCUUGAAGAAAAGAAAAAAUAUACAGAAAAGAGAAAGGAAUUGAAAGAAAGAAUUUUUGAAAAAGAUGAGCAUGUGCUUGUAUUGAAUAAAAUCCCUCAAUCCACUCAAUUAUUUCUUCCUUAUGAAUCUCAGAAAUUUGCAAGACCAAAAAAGAUGCAUUCUUCAGAGCCAAGAGUUACAGAUAAAAAGGAAGAAAGUUCUGUGCAACAGUCAAAGAUUGCCAAUAUUGACUUCAGACAAAAGGAAAAUGACUCGCAAGUGUUCAAUGAUUCUGGUGUGAAUAACCAUUCAAAAUAUUCACAUGUUACUGCUAUUAAAAGUUCACAAAGUUUUAUGCAGUUCAGAUUGUUAACUCCUCAGAAACGAUCAAACAGCAAUCAGUGGUUUGAAAAAGGACAUACAGAUUCUGAGUGUGGAGAUAAAGGGACAGUAAGACAAGUAAGAGACUUGAAAUGCACUUCACAACCUAUACAUACAGAACAUUUUGGGAAGUCGAUAGAAAAUAAUAGUGAUGAAGUAGAAGAAAGAGCUGAGAAUUUUCCACCAACUCCUGAAAUUCCUAUAUUUUUAAAAGCUCCUGAGGCUGCGAAGACACCUGAAUCUUUGGAGAAAAUACAGUUUCCUAAAGCUCCCUCAUUUGAAAUAAAUAGAAAUGCAGUACCUGAAGUUCAAAAGGAAUCCUCCGGAUUUUCAUUUCUUACAAGUUAUACUUCUAGAUCACCUAGAUUGAAUUUAUUUGAUUCUUCUAUAUUUGAUUCAGAAGUCUCAUCAAAUCAGUUUAAUGAACAUUAUUCUGCAGUCAAUCUAAAUCCUCCCUCAUCACAACAAGGAAUUGGAAACUUAUUUGGGAAACCGGAAGAAGACACCUUUACAUUUUCUUUUUCAUCAGACACUUCAGCUCAUACAUUUGGCACUGGAAAAGAUGAUUUUAGUUUUCCAUUUUCUUUUGAACAGGAUCAAACAAUACCUUCUUCUUCAUUAAAAGGUUUUACAUCUUCACAAGAUACAACACAAUUUACUUUUUUUUGA